AUGUCGGUCCUCGUGCCAAACCUUUGGAACAUCCCGUUCUGCGACUUCGGGAUCGGCACCAUAGACGGCGGGCUUCGCGGGCUCGUCGCCUAUGUUAUCUCCAGGGAGUACGGGUGCGGGUACUGCGCGGCGCACUGUGCCGCCCUCGGUACGAUCUGGCGAGGGGACAGCGUCUUCCUCGCCAAGAACAUCAAGGCCAUGGCGCCCGAGCCAGACCCGGAGGUGUUCACGCCCAAGGAGCUUUCCGCGAUCAACAUCAGCAAGAAGUUGGGGCCCGUGCCUUCCCGGGUUACGGCGGACGACAUCCGUGACAUGGCGUCCGUGUACACGGAGAAGGAACAGGAAGGCGUAAUCAAUUCAGGCGUCGUCAUGGGCUUCCUCAACCGAUUCAUGGACACCAUCGGGAUGACCCUUGAGAUGGAGCCGUUGGAGAUGGGCAUGGAGCAGCUCGCGCCCACAGGCUGGGAGCACGGGCACUCGUACGAUCCAGAGGCGGACGCCGAGCUGAUGGCGGAGGAUCGAGUGGAGGCCGUGAAGAGGGCCGAGAGGAAAUCCAAGUCCAACUUCUUGUCCUACAUCAAGAUGAUCAUCGGCGCUAAGUUGGCCGACAGAGCGAGCCUCAAGAACACUCCAACGGCGGAGCAAUUGGUAGCCCAAAAGUGCAUGGAACUGGCGGGCUUCGUCCCCUACUACUUGGUGCAGAUGAAGCACUCCCAGGCCCGGAACGCCUUUGUGUGGGCCUUCACUUUGCGGCUGUGCCAGGGCUCCGAGGAGGUGCCGGCCCAGCUCAAGCAGCUGAUGUGCUACAUCUGCGCGACGAACGCGGGCAACACGAUCCUGAGGGCCCACUACGCCUUCAUGGCGCACCGCAACGGCAUGCCCAUCAGGCAGCUGGCCACCGCCACCAACACCGACUCGAGCGAGGCCGUGGCGGCGGAUGACACGAUCGACGCCAAGCAGGUGGCGGCGAUGGCCCUGGCGGAGGCAUGCAGCGGUACGCCUUCGACGGUGUCUCCGGUGCUGGUGGGGCUGCUGAUGCGACAGUACUCCCCGGCUGGGGUGAUCGAGCUCAUCGCUACCGUCUCGCUGGCCUUCAUGUACCACCGAUGGACCGCAAUCUACAUGCCGAGGGAGUACGAACCGGAGGUGCUCAAGUUCGUUCAGGAACACGGAGCUGCCCUAGGGAUCGACCCAGAGCGCCCUUGCACGAAGGAUCAGUCCACGUGGGAGGGCAUCGCCAAGGAGGCCCGCGCCGCCGCUGGCCUCGGGUAG